AUGGAUGAACGGAGUUUCAAAAGGUUCUCCGGAGAUGAUGAUGAUGCCGGGAAGGCUUUGAAAAGAUGGCAAGCUUGGGCCACUGCAAAGAUGAUGACCGUCAAGGACUUGUCCAAGCAGCAGCGAGGUCCCUGGCUUUUUACCCUGCUCGAAGGCAAGGCUCUUGAAGCUUGCGAACACCUCAGCCUAGAAGAGCUGUCGUCAGAAAGUGGCGAAGCGAAGGUGUGGCAGCUGUUGAAGGAGAGAUUCCCUGAGAAGGAGCCUCAAGAUCAGAUGGGGGAAGCCCUUGGCGAGGUUUUCGCUUUGGCGGCCAAGGACGGGGAGUCCAUGAAGGAAUGGACGGCGAGAGUCGUGGAGACUUUCGAGCGUUGCCGAAGGAAGGCAAAUGUGGAUUUCCCCAAGGAAGCUCGAGGGUGGAUCGCUCUUCAUUGUGCCGGUUUCAACGAAGAGCAGAAGGCCAUCGUCAAGGCUAAGACUCAGGGCAAGAUGGACGUGGAGACCGUGAGCGCCGGAAUCCGGUCCUGUUUCCCGAGCUACAAGGCCACCAGCUCCAGAGCAAAGCGCCCAACGUCAGUCAUGCUGGCUGAAGACGACCAGGUCCCGGAGCAAACAGCACUCGACACCAUGCCUUUCGAUGAUGUCGAGGCCUUUCUGGCGGACCACGACUUGGCACAGUCGGCUGAAGACGAAGCGCUUUCGGAAGCUGAGGCAGCGGAAGCUCUGGCUGUAACCUGGAAAGAGCGGCGGCUCGAGAUCAACCGGUUGAACAAGAGCCGCCAGUUUCAGAGCGCAGACGCUGCCAAGCGCAGCUUUAGAGUCGAAAUCGAGGAACUAAAGAAGCGAACGAAGUGCAACAAGUGUGGCAGGACUGGGCAUUGGGCCCGGGAAUGCCGGGCCCGGACAAAUGCCUCUGGAAAGCCGCUAUCGUCUGGCAACAGUUCUGGUGGCGCCACGUCGUCGGCUCCACAGCGGGGCGGCUCUGAGACGCUCUACGUGGAGGCAGAGGCCCAGGAGACCAUCACUGAUGAGAUCUUCUUCGUCGGGGCCGCUGAGGAGGUGCUCGCGGCAACGCUGAUUUCCAGCCCCGGCUUUGGCGUGCUUGACUCCGGUUGCGGCAAGACGCUAAUCGGCGAGGACACCCUUGAUGAGAUGGCGACCAUGCUCCAGGGACGCGUGAUUGUGAAGAGUUUUCAGCAGAACAGCUUUCGCUUCGGAAAUGGUGACGACGUGUCCGAGAGCGCGUUUGCUGUGGCAGAGCUGUUCUCGCCUGGUUGGGAUCUGUUGGAUUUGCGAGUGCAAAGGGAAGUAGACAGGAUGUCAGCCGUUGAGCGAGCCAAGCUGGUUCACGAGGCGCGAGUCCAGGCACGCUUUGCUGCCGAACAGACCUGCUGUCACCAGAGCACGAAGGAACACGGGAAGUGCAGUGCCGACUUCGCAAGGUCUUUCCUUAAAGCCGUCGUUGGGACCCCCGAAGAGUGUUUGUAUGCCCUGCUGCAGGACGUCGAGUGUGUGAACUUGUCUGGCUUCGAGUGCCUGACCGGUGAGCAAAGGCUGUCUGAGCAAGGUAGCAACACCGCUGCUGAGCCACCAAAGCCUCCAGUAGCUAGUGAAUCUCCCUUAGACCCCAUAGGGCUCUCCCUCAAGAAGCUCCACAACAACCUAGGUCAUCCCUCCCGAGCCUGUUUCCUGCGGGUUCUUAGAAAUAGUGGUGCUUCGGAAGAUGCUCUUCAGCGUGCCAGUCGGUUCACUUGUCCCACGUGCGAGGCGAGUAAACGCCCCGCCGAGGCAGUGCCUGCGAAUCCUGCCUCCACCGAAGGUUUCAACGACCGCAUCGGGAUGGAUGUUAAGUAUUUUCAGGGCUGGAAGGUUGGUUCGAAGAUUCCUUGUCUGAACAUAGUGGAUUAUGGCAGUUCGUUCCAACAGGUGAUUCCGUUGCCUGGCCGUGAUACCGGGGAGAUGAUCCGCAGUGCGUAUGCGCAGUUUUGGUUGAGCUGGGCAGGCGUGCCGCAAGUCCUUGUCUUAGACCCGUCGCAGCCUAAUCUAAGUGAAGCUUUGUGCCAAGCCUGUGAAGAUGAGGGGACUCGUGUCUGUCACAUAGCUGCUGAAGCACAUUGGCAAAUAGGUAAAGUAGAGCGACACGGCGGCCUGCUUGCCACGAUCCUCGACAAAGUUCUCCUUGAGAUCCGUCCGCAGUCAGAAGCAGAGUGGCGAGAGUGCCUCACGCAGGCUGUAGCAUCUAAGAAUGCUAUGCUAAAUGUUGCCGGUGUCUCCCCCUACCAGUUUGUAUUCGGCAGAAACCCCCGCAUUCCAGCCGACCUCUUGCAAGACUCGCCCAGUACCGUAGCAAACGACGCAGUGCUCACAGAACCUGCUGUUGAAGCACAGGCUCGCGUGCGCCAGGCGGCCCGUGCUGCUGUUGUGGCCGCCCAGGACAAUAAGGCUUUGCGUGAGGCUCUGCGUGCCCGUCCACGCCUCCGUCGCGACUUUGAGUCCGGUCAGUGGGUUGCGUACUGGCGUCGCCAGAAACUAGAGAAAGGUAAAAUAGUCAGGGGUUUCCGCUGGUAUGGGCCGGCUUUGGUUUUAGGGAAGGUCGGACACAACGUCGUGAUUGCGCAUCGCCGUUCCAUCCUACGGUGUGCGCCGGAGCAGCUCCGGCAUGCCACUUUUGAAGAACAGCCUCCACCCGAGGCCGUAGAUGCUGAGAGUCGCGAGCUACUUGGAAUGCGUCAGCUCCUCGAUAAAGGUCGGUUCCCGCAAAACCAGCUUGUUGACCUCACAGGAGCUGAGUUUCCUCCUCUGCCGGAAGAGAGCAUUCCUCCCCUUCCUACUGCUCAUCCACUCUCAGUAUCCGCGCCGUCAGAGGGAACUGCUGGUCAGACUGCGGCACAGCUCUGGGAAGCUAGCCAUCCCACUCAGUCGCACGAAGAGCCCAGCGCUGCAAGUCAGUCUGUGCCAGACCCACCGCAGUACGCACCAGUGCGCUUCCGGACUCGAAGGAAGCACCGCCCUAGUGAGCUAGAGUUGGUUCGGCCUGCUAGUUUUCAGCAAGAAGACCUGUCGGAAAUGCUUCAAGAAGUGAUUCCGCGCAUUUUGUCUGAUCCACAGGCCCAAGGCCGAGUCGUCACUCCCGAUGGUGACGUGGCAGCGUCGCGACUUUCAUCCGAGCCUGAAGUCCCUAGCCCCCGUGAGCCCGCCUUCAAACGAGUAGCAAGCUCAACGCCCGAGACCCUGAAGGCUGCGACUACCCGAGACGAGCCGACUGAGGCCCUUUUCUGUCAGGCUACCAUGGACCAGUUGCGAGUUGCCAACCCGUCAGCUACCGAAGUAGAGGUUCUUCUUGCCGGCUUCCUGCAAAAGCGUCUCCAGAAAGAACUGCCAGCCACCGGGAACCCCCCGGAGCUCCAGGAAAGCGUGGAGGAGGCCAAAGGCACUGAAUGGUGUACCAUGUUGUCUAAACCCGCAGUCAAAAUCCACAGCGGCGCCGAAGCUGAGCGUAUCAGGAGUCAGUGUGCUGACCGCUUUAUCGGUAGUCGUUUCGUCAUCACUGAAAAGCAGGAAGACGGAGACCGGCGCAUCAAAGCACGCUGGUGUUUGCAGGGCCAUCUUGACCCAGACUUUCGUACUAAGGUCUUGGAUGGAGCAUGCCACUCUCCAACCAUGUCCCAGUUGUCACGAGCUCUUUUGCUCCAGGUUCUGGCCUCCAAGAGGUGGCGGAUGUGUCUGGGUGACGUGAAGGGAGCGUUUUUGGAGGCAGGUGCCAUCAAGAACAAGUAUCGCCCUUUAUACGCUAGGCAGCCUCAGGGAGGUAUCCCUGGCCUAGACCCCCAGGAUGUCAUUGAGGUCACGGGUAAUGUAUAUGGACUUAAUGACGCACCUUUCUGGUGGUGGGAGACUUUUGAUGCUGAGGCCCGAGCCGCAGGUUUUGAGCGAUCGCAGUUUGACAACUGCGUUUACUUCUUCCGUGAGCCUGACACAAAAGAGUUGAGUGGCAUCCUCGGAGCUCACGUCGAUGACUCCAUUACUGGAGGAGAAGGACCUGCGUACCAGAAAGCCAUCGCUCAGCUCAGGGCAAGGUUUCCUUUCCGUAAGUGGCGUGUUGGUGCCGGUGAGUUCUGCGGAACGACCUAUUCGCAGGACCCAACGACCUUCGAGAUCACUUUUAGUCAGAAGGAGUACUCUCAACACCUCCGCCCUGUAAGCCUUACUAAAGCCAGAGCGGCGCAGAGGCACCUUCCUGCCACCCCCAAGGAGGUUUCAGCACUCCGUGGCCUGAAUGGGGCCGCCAACUGGCUGGCUAACCAAACGCGCCCCGACCUUGCGGUGCAAGUCUCGAUGUCCCAACAGGCGUUUCCAAACCCCACCGUAGCUGACCUGCUGUAUGCAAAUCAGCUCGUCCAGCGUGCCCGCCAGUUCCACGAGGUUGAGGUCAGGGUUCGCAGUAUCGAUUUUGAUAAUCUCUGCAUCUGUAUGCACAGCGAUGCCGCCUGGAGCAACGCUAAGGAGGAAAGAACUCAAGCCGGGUAUGUGUUGGCUUUCGCAGGUAAAGAGCUGCUAGAUAACAACCCUGCCCCCUGGAGCCCUUUCCAUUGGAAAUCCUACCGCCUCCAUCGAGUUGUUCCGUCCACACUAGGAGGUGAAGCCCAGGCGUUUUCCAGCGCAUCGGCCGUCGCAGAGUGGAUGAGUCUGCUUUUGGCUGAGGCUCGCUCUGGCCAUUUCGAUUUGAGAGAAUGUCAGCCGCAACUCCGUGCAACACCCAUCGUAGGGGUCACUGACUGUAAGAGCCUUUACGAUCAUCUUCACACCUUGUCAUCGUUGUCCGGUGUGCAAGAUAAGAGGGUUUGCGUAGACAUCGCGAUAAUCAAGCAAAGUAUGGAGCGAGCCGGCCUGAAAGUCCGCUGGUGCCCGACGGAGCUUAUGGUUUGUGACGCAUUGACCAAAGAUAAAGCCGAUCCUGCUGAUCUCCUGCGUGCAGUGCUUGAGCUUGGCACCUAUCAACUGUCAUCAGAAGCUGAAGUUCUGAAAACCAAGAAAGUAGUGCGUGAUCGCCUUAGAGCUUCCCGCGGCGCUCGCCGGAAGCCAGAAUGA